AAGAUGGUGACCUGACGCAUGGUUAAUCUGGACAUGGUUUUUUCAAGGAUUUUUACCGGUCGUCUGACGGAAGGACCCUCGGGCUAUCCUCGUGAAGUAUUGGAAACCUGGGGUCUAACCACUUGGAGUCAUGAAGCUGGGAAACCAAAACCUUGGGAACCUCAGACACCUGCAGAACGAUUGAUUGCUGAAAAAGCUCUUCACAACAAGAACAGGUAUGGCGGAGACAUGAAAUUUGUCCGCAGGCAAUUAGUAGGAAACAGCAUUUCCUUUAAAGAUAUGUAUUGGCCAAAUAAGACUGUCCCAUAUGCCAUCGACAAAUCAAUUCCAAGCAAGUAUCAUAACGUGAUUGAAAGAGCUGUUGAGCAGUACCAUAAAUUGACUUGCUUGAAUUUCGUGAAAAGAACUAAUCAGAAAGACUACAUCAAAUUUGAAAAGAUUAGGAAUGAGGAUGGCUGCUGGUCUUAUGUUGGUUAUAGCAAAACAGGAGCCCAGACGAUCAAUCUAGACGAAGGUUGCUACUAUAUCGGCACAAUCGUCCAUGAGAUAGGCCAUGCCAUUGGGUUUUGGCAUGAACAUCAGAGACACGACAGAGACAAGUAUUUGACCAUCAAUACGAAAAACAUAAUGCAAGGUUUGCAAGAUCAGUUUACCUUAACAAAGCCUCAAGAUGAAAUAAUCUACAGCAAUUUCGAUUAUAACUCAAUCAUGAUCUAUGGCAACUAUGCUUUCUCGACGGAUCUAUGGAAUUUAAAGACCAUUGAAGCCAAGGAUAAGAGGGAAUUGACAGAGCCGUUCAACAAACCCGGACUCGAUAACUCGGACAUUCAAAGAGUGGAAUGCAUGUAUUGCAAAACAUGCAAGGAAAUCAAGCCAUAGAUAGAGAUCCAGCAAUGAUUU